UCUCCAACCACGUGUAUACCUGAUUCAACAGCUUAUGUAUACAUGUACUUGUAGAUGAUAGCUCACCGUGUAUUUGCCAAUUGUAAGUCGGACGUUCCAGGCAUAACACGUUUUCCAAUCCAAUGAAGUCACAAUGUUUUCUCCUUGCAAAAUGAUUGCGCUUACUCUUAUCCUCCUGUAUCCUGUGAGCAAAGUGUACGGAAUAAAGUGCCAUUAUUUUGAUGGUCCUUCGACGGAUUACCCGCCAAAGAUAGACAAUUUUAAAGAGUGCAGUUUACUAGGUUUGAACAUUUUCGCAUGCGGGACAACAACAAUCAUAAGAGGGACCAACUUACGUAUCAUUAAGUCGUGCUAUAUAAAAUUUUCGUGCCAAAACUCGACCAAUAUUUCCGGGGACUAUUUCGAAGAAAACAUGUGCUGUGAUACGGAUUAUUGCAACUCUGCGUUCAAAAUGGAAACUCGACUGUUUAUUUUGAGUGUUUGUUUAGUGUUUAUCUCUAUGUUUUAAACAUGGAAUGUGACGCGUAAAGAUAAUUUUACAAUUCGUAUACUUAG